CUGGCCAGGUGCUCUUGGAAGAAGUUGGUUGAUGCAUUUAUCGGAUUUCAAUGGGCUGUAUAAAUCUGAGAGCCCAGUGACGUGUUUGAGUCAAGCUAUAAAUGACUGGAUCCAGCAGUCCAGCACCCACAUUGUCCUGCAAGGUACAGGAGCAGAAGUAGCCUACAGUGGUUCAGCACAAACAGUUCAAUCACCCUCGGAUAACAGCAAUGGCAGCUCUGGACAUUGAGAGGUGCGAGUUGAAAAGCGAGAUCAACAACUUCGAUCAUCGAACGUACCUGAAUGGCACAGAUCGGCUGAUCGUGAGGAGGGGCCAGCCUUUCAUCAUCACCCUGCACCUCCGCUCUGGGCAAUUCCAGCCUGGCGCGACCACCUUCAGCUUUGUCAUUGAGACAGGCCCCCACCCGUGUGAUUCAGCCGGCACCAAGGCAGAGUUCUCCCUCUUGGACAAGGUCAAUAUGAACCAGUGGAGUGCGGCUGUGUCCUCCCAAGCGGGCAACACCGUGUCCCUGUCCAUCUGUUCCCCGCCUGACGCCAGGAUUGGCCGCUACUCGCUGACAAUGACACAGGGUGGCAGCACCCGGCUCGGAGACUUCAUCCUGCUCUUUAACCCCUGGUGCCCAGGUGAUUCUGUGUACAUGGAGGACGAGGAAGAGCUCAAAGAGUAUGUGUUGAGUCAGGAUGGACUGAUCUUCCGCGGAACUGAAAAACACAUUACACAGUGUGCCUGGAACUUCGGACAGUUUGAACCGGGCAUCCUGGAUGCUUGCCUGCAGCUGUUGGACGUGAACCCUAAAUUCCUUAGAAACGCAGACCAGGACUGCUCCAAAAGAAAUGACCCGGUCUAUGUGAGCAGGGUGGUGAGCGCAAUGAUAAACUGCAAUGAUGAUAAGGGGGUGCUGGCUGGUAAGUGGGAUGACUACUCUGAUGGGAUAAGCCCGAUGAGCUGGAAUGGCAGCGUGGAGAUUCUCCGGAACUGGUCUGGGUCAGCCUGCCAGCCAGUCAGGUACGGCCAGUGCUGGGUGUUCGCUGCAGUCGGCUGUACAGUUCUUCGAGCUCUGGGGAUCCCCAGUCGCGUGAUCACAAACUUCCUGUCUGCCCAUGACAGCAACAGCAACUUGAUCAUUGAGCGCUACUAUGAUGAAAACGGGACCGUAAUCCAAAAAAGUCGAGAUUCUAUUUGGAACUUCCACUGCUGGGUAGAGUCCUGGAUGACCCGCCCAGACCUCAAACCAGGGUUUGAUGGAUGGCAGGCAAGUGACCCGACCCCCCAGGAGAGAAGUGAAGGAGUUUUCUGCUGUGGGCCCAUCUCAGUAAAAGCAAUAAAGGAAGGAGAGCUGACCUUCAAGUACGACGCCCCCUUUGUGUUUGCGGAGGUCAAUGCUGAUGUGGUGUGCUGGAUGCAGCGCAAAGACGGCAGCCAGGAGAAGUUGAAUUUCUCUAAUCGGGUGGGCCAGCGCAUCAGCACAAAGAGCGUGGGCAAAGACACCAGAGAGGACAUCACACAUUUAUACAAGUACCCUGAGGACUCUGAGGAGGAGAGGCGUGUGUUUGAGAAAGCCAACCACCAAAACAAGCUGCUGAAACCUCAGCCCGCACCAGGGCUGCACCUCAAGAUCAAGGUGACAGAGGACAUGAGGAAUGGGUGCGACUUCGAUGUCUAUGCAGUUAUCACCAACAACACACCCAAGCCCAAGCUGUGCCGCCUGAUGUUCUGUGCCCGUGCUGCCCGCUACAAUGGCAGCGUGGGGGAAGAGUGUGGCAUGAAGGACCUGCUCAAUGUGCAGAUCCCACCUAAUGAAGUGAAGCAGAUACCCCUAAGACUAAAUUAUAACAAGUACUGCGAAGCCAUAACAGGGGACAACCUCAUCAAGCUGGUAGCUCUUCUCAUUGACUUUGAAACCAAGGAUGCUGUGUUGGCAGUAAGGGACAUUUAUCUGGAGAACCCUGAGAUUAAAGUCAAGGUACUGGGUGAACCGAAAGUGAACCGCAAGCUGGCUGCGGAGAUCACAUUAAAGAACCCCCUGUCUGAGCCUCUGCAAGGCUGUUUGUUCUGUGUGGAGGGGGCCAACCUCACUGAUGGAAAUGCAAUCCAAGAACCCAUUGCAUCGGUCAGCCCUGGCCAGGAGGCCAAGGUGAAAGUGUACUUCACCCCAAAGCAGCCAGGGCUCAGGAAGCUGGUUGUGGAUUUCAACAGCAACAAGCUGCAUGAUGUCAAGGGUUACAAGAACAUCAUCAUCGGCAAAUAGGCCAUCAGCCGCAAGACGUGAAGGAGAGAGGGGGCGCUAAACUCUGAACCAAAUCACAAAACUCCCUAAACUUUCAGAAACAAGAGGGGUGGCAUUUUGUAUGUUUUGUUCUGAAGCAAAUUUGUGAUAUUUACAACCAGGGUAAAAAUGUUAAGAAACAAAAGUUUUGAUUUGGUCAAGCAAUACCCACCAGGCUAUGUAUUUAAAAUUGCUGCCAGGCUAUCAUGUAACAGCAACAGUGGUCAUACUGCGAACCUCAGCAAGCUUGUAAAACUAUUUCAACAGUGUGUGUGUUGCCCAACCUAUAUCUAAGUGUUUAACUCAUCUAGAAUCAAUAUGCACCAUUAUACCUUGUUUAUUUGAUUAUGGGUGUGUUUUUUAUUUCAUUAUUAUUCUUGUACCGGAAAUGGUUCAUGCAGUUAAUCAUACAUAAACAGUGUACAUUUUGAUGGUUGUUUUCAAAAUAUGUUAAGUGAAUAUUGUGUAAAUGUAUUAAAUUUUACAAAUGUCACUAGUAUUAAAUCUGCUUUUUAAAAAUCUAAUCGUAAAUGCAUGUUCUUUUUUUCUCUUAAGUGUUCUGAGAAGUAAACGUUUCAGUGCUUGUGGGUUCAGACGCAAGUUUUUUUUGUUCAGACAUUUUAUUUUGUCUUUAGCUUCAUGUGAAGUGUCUUCUUUAGUCUCUUUGUGACAGGAGUGCUCUAGCACUGGCAUUGAGAAUUGAUGCCAAUAAGGAUAUGUUUGUAUAUUUUAUAUCCCCUGCUGUAGAUGUGAAAGAAAGAAUUUCAAAUGGAAGCAUAACAAAACCAGAAUGAUGACCUUUGACUGUUUUUUAUUUUUUAUGUUUUUCACUGUACAUUGUGAACUUUUAACGUUUUAAAAUGUUGGAUAACGAACUGCCUUUUGAAAGAUACAUAGUUCUGUUUUUGCUGUAAUCUUUAGAGUAUAAAAACCAAACUUUUUUCAUGUUUAGUUCAAUCAAGAAGAAACUUUUUCUGGUACAUUUCAAUCUGUACUGAUUCAGUGUGUCUUAAAUGUUAAAAAUCGAUCAAGUAACCGAGCGUCCUCUAAUAAAACACUUGUGUGCUGUAUAAAAAUGAAAAGGAAAUAUGUUACUAUGACUAUCAAAGCCCUGGCCUGACAGUCAUUGCAACAUAAACUCAGUCUUGUCCUUCAAGUGUUGUCAAAUUGUUGACCCAAAAAUGUAAUAUGAAUUCCUUAGCAUGCAUUUGAUUUGAGGUGCUCCAGAAAAAAAAGUAAAUGGGCUCAAAAUGUCUGACUUUGCAUAUAUUUUUUAUAUAUA